CUCAGCCGCCGCCGCCGCCGGUAGCCUUCUUCCAUGGAUGAGCUCCCUGACCUGAAACUUGAUACCAAAAACCCAAAUCCAAACCUAAAACCCACAUACAUCAAAAUCAGUACUGAUAAUCAAACGAGGAACCCACAUGCAUGUCGAAAAGAUCUUACCCAAUUCUAGAUCUGACUCCCUCCAUUGCCGCUGCCGUCGACGGGAUUGGACCACCGCCUCCCCUGCCGCCAGCUAUGCCCGCCCCGUCUCCACACGCCGAGCGAUCUUUUCUUCCUCUUGCCGCCGCCGCUCAUUGUCGCCGUUGCCGCUGGGUCGUUUUCUCCUUCAAUCGCUGUCGCCAGCCACCUGCCCCUGAGUUCUUCCCUCCGUCAAUCGCCGGAGACGGGAGGAAAACUAACCGCUGGGCGGCGGGCGCUGCUUUGUGAUCUUAGGAGAGAAGAAGAAGAGAGAGAGAGAGAGGAGGAGGAGGAGGAGGAGAAGAAGAAGAAAGAGAAUUGGUUCUCGUUCUGUAGAAUUAGAAAUGGUGGGUGGGGAAAAAGGUAAGUGGGGAAAGAGGGGGUAAGUGGGGAGGGAGAGAGACGCGACAGGCACACUUUCUUUAAAAAAAAAAAAAAUCGGGCAGAGUCUACAAACCCAACCGAACCAGGAUAUAUUUCGGUUCGGCUGAACCGAACCGAAAUAUAUUUCGGUUCGAACUCAGUUCACUCCAUGAGCUACUUCGGGGAUUCGGUAAACGUCUGUUCAGUUCGGUUCAAACCGAACUGACCGAAUGCCCACCCCUACUCCUCACUUCAGUGCAUGGAUAUCAACAUCAACAAACAUGGUGCUUAACGCAUGAUUCAAAAAUAACAAUCAAGUGUGGUUUUCUAAUAUGUGAACUAGAAUUGUCUUUACCCAAAUAUAAGAGGAGUCCCAACUUGCGCUAUACAUCCACAUGCAGACCCAGACUCCACUGUCAGACCUACAUAAAAUGAAAGCGUUGCAUGAUAAACAAGUUGAUAAGUCGUCGUUUAAUAUAACACAAAAUGGGCAUACUUACCGAUGAAGUUGUUCUUGAUCCUUUGAAGGAUUUGUGUACGAAAACUCCGCAAUCCUUUGUGGCGACAAUCCCGGACCUUGUUCACGAUAGAGAAUCUUCCACAAGGCUUGCAUAAAUCUCAUCUGUACAACUUAAGAAACGUUUGUACUUAGAAAGAGGUAUUUACAUUUUUUUGCGUUAUAACGACACAAUGUCACAAAUUUACCAUUGUUUGAACAAAUUCUAGUCGAAAGGAAUUGCGGUCUUCAUUUGGUUGUGGAUCCAAGAUAUGGACUUCUUCCUUGUCCAACUUAAUGAAAGCCAAGUACCAAUGGACAUUAUCUCUCAUCGGAAUACACACCAACAUAUGCGGAAAUUGUCAACAAGUAUUAAAAAAAAUAAACUGCAAACCAUGUAAUACUUAUUAAGACGAACAAUUUACCUUAUUCACCAUAUUGGUUCGACUAAGAAAUUUUGGUUCGUAUAGGUCUAAUGCCCUCUUGGGUGUUAUUCCACAUGAAAUCACUAGUUCCUGCCCAUGUGGUAGUUGCACAAUUGAAAUUUUGUCAACACAAUAUCAUUCACGUUAAAAAAACAUGUGUUGUAUUUUUUUUUUGGUGAGAGGAAAUUAAUCUUAAGCAUAAUCGGACCACAACCUGUAGUUCAGCAGGCAGAUAGCACACUCCUUUUCCGUCCUUAGAAUUUGUCCACAACUCUUCUAGAGUCAAGUGGCAGACCACCGCUGUUAUAACCUAAUAUAACAUGGACAAAAAACACUUCAUGAUACUAUAGAUUUGUUAUAAAAUAAUUCUACGUAGAAAGCAUUGAUAGUGGACAAACAAAACAAAAUUUUGGAGUUUCGUUGAUUACUUCAGCAUCUACGAAUGAUCGAGGGCUUAAGGACCACAAUGACUUCCUGGUACAAGAGUUGUUUGAGGUUUUAACCAAUACUUCGUCAGGUGGCAGAUUGGCUAAAAAUAUAUAGUGAGCAAGCUGGAUUUGCUCAUCAUCGUAUUCCAUACCAGUAGGUAGCUUAAACUUCAAAACAACCUGGAAUAGGGACCACAAAUAACCACGAGUCGAAAUGCAUUCGUUAUGUCUGACAGAAUAACGGUAAAGAACACUUCAAUGGUAAACAUGACAGCUUUAUUACCUUGUCAACAUAACUUAGAGAAAUACUUUUUCCAUUUGGCUUCUUUGGUGUUACCUCAGAGUCAGAUUCAUCGUCCGAAAUAAAAACAAUGACUGAAGCAGGAGUGGAUGGAGUGCUUACACCUUUGGGUAGCCUUGGUUUCUUUGUUGGAGUCACAAAUUCGGAGGUCUCCUUCAAUGAUAGUGAACCUACGAUUAAUAAAUUAACUAGAAUGAAUUUCAAUGGUUAAA